AUGUGCUGCACCGACAAGCCCAUGUGGCUGUCUGGUGGGGGAGUGACGAUGGUUGUGGUAGUGAAGAAACGCAGAAAGGCCAGUGCGGCACUGGCGCUCGUGCUCUGCGGAGCCGCCGUUGGAGGGUGCUUGGCAAGCGCAGGAGGACGCGACAGCUGCGAUGGAGGCGCAUUUGUGGAGGAUAGGGAGGGCACGACCGUGUUGGCGAUGGACCGGUUGCCGUAUAUGGUGUCGAUACGGAGCCACGGGUCAAGGGACCACGUCUGCUCGGGUGUCCUGUUGUCAGCCUUCCACAUUCUGACCGUCGCCCACUGCGUUGAUCCUACCUCUUCCUACUCUGCGGGUCCUAGGCCAACAGUUUACAUUGGAUCAACGAGUGCAGAUGCAGUCAAUGACGAUCCCAAUGUCGAGGUGCGCGUCGUGGCGCGCACCCAUUUCCACGAGUCCUGGAGUCCCUCAAAGAUCCAGAACUGCCCAAACAACCUCGCGCUUCUAACAGUGGAGCGGGCCGUCAACAAAACGCCGGUGAGACUUCUGACCGACCACUUCCGCCUGACCACGGGGCAGACGCUGGCGGCGGCAGGCUGGGGUGCAGGGCCCCAAGGGCCCCGCCUGGGCGAGGGCAUUUUCGGGACGCUGAAGGCAGAGGCGCAGCAGUUUCUGGACUCCUCGGCCUGCAACCGCACAAGCCUGUGGAGCGGCGCCGUGCGCGAAGGGACUGUGUGCGGCCUGAGCCGGGAGGCUGCGGCCAGCUGCAUCGGUCUGCGCGUACGAGUUUGA